AUGUAUGGAGAUUCCCGUACCUGGCCUACAGAAAUGGAGAGUAAUCAAGGUCCAGCCGAUGGAGCAGCUGCUAACACAAACCAGCCGAGCAGCCCUUUGAAGGUCACAGUGAAGAUUAUCAAAGAUCCACUCCUGGACUACGGUUUUAUGGUCUCAGAAGAUUCACCAGUAUGUGUGAAGUCUGUCACUGCAGGUGGUCCUGGAGAGGGAAAGCUAUUCCCAGGUGACCAGAUUUUACAAAUUAACGACAUGCCUCUGAAUACAAUUUCCCAGGAACGUAUCGAUAACAUUAUUAGGGAAUGUGGUGACACUGUUACAGUGACUGUCCUGCGAAAUACCCCUGGGCCCAGGUCAUCAUUUAUUACUGAAGAAAAGCGAGCCAGAUUGAAAAGCAACCCAGUCAAAGUACACUUUGCUGAGGAAGUGAUCGUCAAUGGCCAAAUACAGGGUAACUCGCUACUCUUAAUGCCCGGUAUUCUCAAGGUGUAUUUGGAAAAUGGACAGACCAAAGCCUUUCAAUUUGAGAAAAAUACAACAGUGAAGGAUAUCAUCCUCAGCCUGAAGUCAAAGUUAUCCAUCCGUUGUAUUGAGCAUUUUGCUCUGGUUUUGAAGGAACGAUACACUAUCAACAAGAUCUAUAUCUUACAUGAUGAUGAACUCAUUGAGCAGGUGGUCCAGAAGCGAGAGCCCCGUGAUUAUAGGUGUCUCUUCAGGGUUUGUUUCCUGCCAAGAGAUCCACUUGUACUUUUACAAGAUGAUCCAGUUACUUUUGAAUACCUCUACUCACAGAGUUGCAAUGAUGUGCUGCUGGAGAGGUUUGCGAUGGAGAUGAAAUACAGCACUGCUAUCCAUCUCGCAGCACUGCAAAUUCAGGAAUGCAUCCUCAGCUCCAACCAUUCUGAGAAAGUCUCCAUGAAGUACAUUGAGAUGAAUUGGGGAAUUGAGAAUUUUGUCUCAUCAACUGUACUUGACAACAUGAAAGAGAAAGAUAUCAGAAAGGCCAUUAACUAUCACCUUAAGAACAAUCAUAGCUUGAUUGCACCAGGACAAAAGCAACUGAUAUCCACGGCACAAGUCCGGCUGAAUUACCUGAACAUACUGAGUGAUCUUCGAGCAUAUGGAGGGAAAACCUUUAACGCAACCCUUCUGCUGCAGGACAGCGAAUCAUUUAUCACAUUGUUGGUCGGAGCCAAAUAUGGUAUCAGCGAAGUUGUUAACAGCAAACUCAAUAUUAUAAACCAGUUAACAGACUUCAACAACAUCCAGAAGUUGGAAUUGACCUUUGAGUAUGAGAAGAUCAGCGUGGUGAACAUCUACCUGGUGGAUGUGAAGUCUCUGACGUUGGUACUGGAAACUCGUCAUGCUAAAGACCUUGUGUGUUUGAUUGCUGGAUAUCAUAGGCUAUAUGUGAACUCAACAGACUCCAUAUUCAUCUGGCCUGGCAACUAUCAAAGUCAGACAACUGAAGAAGGUGACGAAGCCCAAGGAUUAAGUGAUUCAGAGUCAUCAUCAGACAUUGAGUCUAUAGAUAUCCACAAAUUGAGAAAUGGAUUCAUAGGGCCUCUGACUGAAGAAAAUGAGGACAUUGAGAACUCGGAAAGUGAGGCUACAGACAGUGACUGCUUACGGGAGAAUAUCCAGGAAGAGACCAGUUGCAGCACAGGGGAUGUGUCUGAUCUGAAUGAUGAAGCAACAAGUCAGGGAGGAGACUUUUGUGAUAGAAGCUGUUCUGCUGACUCUAUGGACGAACUGCAAACGGAGACUUCAGCUCCACACUCACAUGGUGAGAUUUCUGAAGAUGAUGACAAAGAUUCUAACACUGAAGAGAGUGAUGGUGAGCCAGUUACAAAGAAGCACUGUACCAUGGAAUUGAAAGACAGUUUUGAACAACCUUCAGCAGACUCCUUAGCCUCUACUUCGACCCUUUCUAAAUGCUUUGCAUGUUUUACAAAGGUGGUUUGCUCUAUUCCUGACCUCAGCCAAAGUGAGAACCCAUGCACUGCAGAAGUUUGCAACCAGUGCCCCAGGAACGAGGAUGACAGUUAUGCAGAAGGGGACAAGUCUUGGAAUUUGACAAGUCAUGGCCUGCUCACUGAGUUACCACCUGCUAUUGAUGGGGACUUAUACAGUGAGGUCCUCACUAUCCCGAUUCUGGCUCCUCCCUCUGACGAAUUUUUCGAUGCAGCUGAAAAGGUUACUCAUGUGGAAGGUUCAGGUGACAUCAAAUUCAGUGGAACUGAAGCAGAGUUGGAGUCUGCCAAAAUUAAGGGGAUUGAAGCAAAACAAAAUGUGCAGAUAAGUCCAAGUCUUUUUGGCACAGGACCGGACAUCAAAUCUGUUGAAUGCAUCAAAGGUUUCAAAGCAGUCACCUCUUAUUCUUCCAAACCGAGAGAAUACAAUGUGCCCAAGCUCUCUUCUUUAGAUAGUCUGACCAGCCCAGGAGAAAAUCUGGUGAAAACCGAAAGAAUUGUGGAUGCCGCUGCCACCAGUGAACGUGUGCGUGAAGGUGACGAGAAUGUGGAGCGAGGUAACUGGUCCUCGAAGAUUGACUACUUGCUCUCAGUGAUCGGUUCUGCUGUGGGUUUGGGCAGUGUAUGGAGAUUCCCGUACCUGGCCUACAGAAUAGGAGGAGGUGCUUUCCUUAUUCCCUACAUUCUGAUGCUGGCAGUCACUGGGAUGCCAAUGUUUUUCCUGGAAACUUCCUUUGGGCAGUUUGCCAGCCUUGACCGGAUGCAGUGUGGAAAGCUGUGCCCAUGUUACAGGAUUAGUGUUCUGAGCAGUCUUGAUUUGGCAACAGUUUAA